AUGUUGUCGACGUUGCUGCGCUCCAGCAAGAAGCCAGCUCCAAAAGAUAAGCGACGACGCGUCGACUCGUUCAUGUUUCACUCCAACCCCAACACGCCUUCACCUGGCCCAGCCAGCCGACGCGAAUAUCUCGAGCCUCGACAUGCCACGGCCGACUUUACAGAAGCUGAAGACGAGGAGGAUGAAGAGUCGAACGAAGGGGACGAGAAUGUCGGCGAACUGCCUCGCUUUCAGCGCCCCAGGUAUGAUGGCGGUGGUAUACAUGACGGCGAAGCACGAAGAAACUCGACUGCCACGCUCCCCUUGUUUUCUGCAAGCUAUCUAGAUUCCUUGCCAAUCUAUGGCCUUGUCCAUUCCAUUCGAAUCGUUAUCCAGACACGAACAGAAACGAGCCUGUCGUGGGAACAGCUCAAGUCCCCCCAAGUUUCGCAGUUUCUGAUGAAGCCAAUGCAGCAACAGAUCAGAAAUGCCCACCUGAACCGAGCAACAUUGUAUGCAUUAAUGGCAAAUUGUCUAGGCUUCAAGACAGAAAGCGAACUCUAUCCCGCCAAUGCAGGAACAAGCAGCACCCGAGCCAAAGUGUGCGAGCUUCUCGCAUUGAAACUGUUGAAGGAGUACAACACGAGAGAGCUGAUCGACGCGCUUUCCUACGACUUUUACCCACUGCAAGGUGCGCCAGAGAGCGGCGUCCGGACUUCAGCCAGACAAGUUGCUGCCAGAACAUCCACUCUGGAAGUCGCAAUUCGUGCUUCAGCCAAACAUUUCUUGUCGCAUCCCCUUGUGGUGCAGCAGCUUGAAGCUAUUUGGAAUGGAUCAAUCAGCUUUUAUUCUUCGGCUGAUCAGUUGCAUCGAAAACCGCCAACACCAAAGACUCCGGCUGAAAAUGGAGUUAGGUCGCCAGCAGGCAGACUGCCCGCCGAUGCGAGAACGCCUCUCCUCCGAUUCCAGGCCCCCAGUUUGAAAGAGAACGAGGAUCAAGGCCGUGGAGACCGGCUGCCGUUCUUUGAGGUGCCUAUAAGACGCACUGUAGCCCUCUACAACCCACAUAACGCAUCCCCAAUGAAGUUGUCUCGAUUAAGAGUGCCGCGUUACCGUCAAUUCUUCUCGACCUGCUCACUCUUCAUACUCAUCUGUCUGUUUCUAGCUGUUCUUGUGGAACGCUCCAACCGGAUCACCUCACUAGAGUUGGUUUUCUGGUUCUGGAGCGCUGGCUUCAUGCUGGACGAGGUGGUCGGCUUCAAUGAGCAGGGGUUCUCUCUCUACAUCAUGAGCUUUUGGAAUGUCUUUGACAUUGGUAUUUUACUGCUCCUGGUGAUCUUCUACUGUAUGAGGAUCUACGGCGUGUUUCUUGUGGAGGCCAAGGGCUGGAAUGAUAUGGCGUAUGAUGUAUUGGCUGCAAAUGCAAUCUUGCUCUUGCCCCGCAUCUUCAGUGUCCUUGAUCAUUACCAGUACUUUUCUCAGCUUUUGAUUGCCUUUCGACUGAUGGCUGUCGACUUGGCUGCUGUAUUCAUCUUGAUCCUCAUCAGCUGUUCUGGAUUCUUUGUGUUUUUCACUUUAUCGAGAAACAAUAAUGAUGCUGGCGAGGUGGCAUAUAAGAUUUUCCAGAUUCUCAUGGGAUUUACGCCAGCUGCCUGGGAUGUCUGGCCAGAAUACAAUCCUCUCGGCAGAGUCCUUCUAGCCAUAUUCCUGAUCAUUUGUCACUUUGUCGUUGUCACGAUUUUGAUCACGGUCUUGACCAACUCUUUCACGGCAAUCGCUUCCAAUGCCCAGCAGGAACACCAGUUUCUAUUUGCGAUCAACACCAUAUCCAUGGUCAAAAAUGAUGCUCUUUUCAGCUAUGUCGCCCCAGGCAAUAUCAUCGCAUGGCUCUUGAUGCCAUUGAGAUACGUCAUGCCGAUACGUGACUUUGUUCGAAUGAACAGGACCGCGAUCAAGCUGACUCACUGGCCUCUUCUGCUCGGAAUCUUUUGCUACGAGAAAUAUUUCCUGACAGCCGAUAUAUACGAACCAACAGACUUGGUCGAAAACCAAGGCCGUCAUCGCUCCCGAAUGAUCUCCUUUGCCGACCCGGCUUCUAGAACAGCAUUGUUCAGUCCCAAUAUUGGAGCCUUUGAAGGGUCCGUUGCUGGCCAGCAAAAAGAUCAAGCUCUAGCUGAGGUAUUCUGGCGCGUUCCGGAUGCUAGCUCAUUCCGACAGCAGCGGAGGCAAGAGAGGAGGAAAUCACAGACUGCCAUUAGGAAUUGGAUGGAUCAGAACGAUGAUAAUCAGGGCCCGCCUCUAUCACAUUGGCCGACCAUGGACAGUCGACGCAGUGGUGGCAGUCGGUUUACUCGGAGAUUCAGAACCGUAUCUGAUGUGAGAUCGGCUGCAAGUGACCCUGCAGAUCUCAUCUCGAACAGUGGAUUCCCAUCGGGUGGACCGUUUGGUCGUUUUUCAGCAUUCUCUCCCGGGCAACAGCCAGAAGAAGAUAAGGACCAAACUGAUGCGGAUGGAGACGACGAGCUUGUGACAAACGAUGACGAUGAGGAUGAGGUUGCGACGGAGGAUCAGCGGGCUGUUCAGUCCCGACGAGACGAGGAAGAGGAGGAUUACUUUACAACUCCAGUCGCGACUCGUUUCGGAGUCUUGGCUCCUGCUUCACUGACUUCAACUCGAUCCUCUAUCCCGGCGGCAACGGCUUCGCCUCGCACCCGUCGGCAGGGUCUGCAUAGCCGCACCAUGUCCACUAAUACGAUUCUAUAUGCGCCCCAGGAAGUUAGGAAGGCUUUGGCCAAUGCCGGAUCGAGUUCAGAGACAGAACAGGGGCCGGCACCUCAUUCCCGCCCCUUAAGCAGUCGGCAAAACACAGUGGCAGCAACUCCAGCCUCGAGCGGGCCACGUUCGCCACGGCGCGCAGUCUAUAUACAACCGCCUACGAGACCUCUUCCAAUCCCGUCUAGGACAACCUCUGAGCGCCCACCGCUGCUGAGUGCCCCAGCGAGCCGUCGCCGCCCUGCUGUCAACGACGAGAUGGAACUCAACUCAGAACUCGGUCUGGACACCAGUAAUGUGGAGUUUAGCGGUAUACCGGCAUCUUUCCAGACUCAAAUGGCCUGGGCUACGGGCCAGCUGAAGGGGAUGAACCGGAAGACCCAAGAUCAAGAGCAUUCGGACCGCCUGACUCGCCUCAUGUUGGCCAAAAUGAAAGCGCUGGAAGAAAGAUUCGAUAAUGUCGUUGAAGUCAUGCGCUCUGCAGUCCCCACCGCACACAACUCGGCAGAUGAUAAGAGCUCAAAAGGUGGCAGCAGCGCAACAGGAACCAUUGCAGUCGAAGUUGCUAGCAGAGAUCGAAGACGACCAGGCACGGCGUACAAACGGUUCAAGAGCGAGAGGCUCCUGCCCGUGAAUGGAAGAGAGGAGCGACCUACUUCCAGCAGGAGAAGUACUAAACAGCGGAUUGAGAAGGGCAAGGGUAAAGCAAUCAUCCAACCCGAUGAGAGCAGUGACGACGCACAGGAAGUGAGACGAAUUCGCAGAAGAGGAAGCUCCUUUUGA